AUGGUUCACGAAAAUGAUUCACCUGCUAUUGUUAUUGAUAAUACCACCAUUGCUGCUCAAACAUCUCAUGGUGUUGUCCCUAUUGUGCCUUCGCACAACUUUACCAAAUACUUCCAUGAUGUUUCAACAGUGGAAGAAGCAAAGGAGAUUCGAAAAUCGCUACUUGCUAAAUAUACUGCUGAAGAUGCUACCAAACAAAAGUUUGUUAUUGGACACCAUGCAGUUCAAUGUAGAAACAGAGCUGGGAAAAAUGACAAUCCUGCUAAGCCAAGAGUAAAUUUGGUUGAAGCAGAUGAUAUCAUAGUGGCGAUCAUUUCCCAAGCUAACCUUGUGGCCAAUCUGAGUGACUGGGUGAUAGAUUCAGGCGCUACUAGGCAUAUUUGUGCAAAUAAAACAGAUUUUAUGUCUUACACCCAAGUCAAUGAAGGAGAAGAAGUUGUGUAUCUUGGUGAUUCUUCAACCACUCAAGUCCUUGGAAAAGGAAAAGUUCUUUUCAAACUCACAUUUGAAAAAACCUUGGCAUUGACUGAAGUGCUGCAUGUUCCUAGUAUUCGAACCAAUCUGGUUUCCGUGGGAUUAUUAGGAAAGGUGGGGUGA